UACGUGCUUUGGAUACCAUGUCGAGUACUUGUAGUUAACUAUUUUGAUCUUCUGACUAAGUAUUGGCUUCUUUCUACAGAAGAAUUAUAAAUCCUGGUAUUGUAUGCCUCCGACUUCUGCAAAUGCUGAUUCUGACGACAGCAAGAAAUGGAAGGUGGCUCCCGGAUCAAUGUUGCAGAGGAAAGUUCCUCGUCUUGAUGCUGACCAGGUCCAACAUCUUUCGGCACAUGAAAAAGAUCAAGUCCAAGACUUCCGCAAUUGGGUGUCAAGUGGUUCAAAAGAAACUAGUCAAUUAGCCCCCGAUUCUCCUGUAACUAGGUUGAUCGAGACCCCGGCUGCAAGUUUCCCGAGUGCUGACAUAGCUGAGAAACCAAGCGAACCAAGCCCUGAAACAUCUGAUACUCCUUCGGCUGCUGAAGGAGCUUCCAAAGCUGGUGGAUAUGGGAUUAGUGGAGCAGAAGGGUCGAAAGGUCCUUCCGUUCGACUGGUACCAUUCCAGUCUAUGCCUCAGUCAGCCCAAGAAGAGUUGGGAAAUGAACUAUUUGAUGAUCCACUGUUGUCUCUAGACAAUAUGAAGAAACUUGCAGAUUGUAUGCAAUGGAGCUUUAAAUUCACCAAGGAUGUAGCCAAUCAAUUUUUCUUGAAGUCUCAUGCUUUAUAUAAGACUGUAGACAAUCGGAAGAUCUUAGAGGAGCAAAAGAUCAUGAUUGCGAAACGACUGAAUGAAGCCCUUGCUGCUCGGAACAAACUUUAUGAAGCAAGUCAGCAGCAUCAUCUGGAGAUUUGUGACAUGAUGCGCCAGAUUAAGAACCUUGAGGAAGAAAGAUCAAAACUUCAAGAAGAAAAUCCCAUGCUUCAGAAACAAUUGCAGACUGCCCAAGCCAGUUCUCCGGAAGACCAUACUCGACUAAUAGCAGCAGCUCAAGCUCUUGUGGAUGUGGUUGAUACUAAAGAAGAGUCGCCAAGUAGCAAGUCCUUGGUGGAGCAUUUGGAAGAAGCUUCCCAAAUGUUUUUUGACGUUAUGACGGCUACUUCCAAGAAUUAUCUAACCCACAUGAUAGGAGUUGUCAAGUCAUACUUACCUCAGUUUAAUUUAGCUCCUAUAGCUAAAGGAAUAUGUUUACAAUGGACGCAGAUUCAGAUCAUCAGUGCAGCAACAAUCAUGGUGAAGAUCGGGGUUGGCAAUGCAGCAGAGGGCAGCAAUAGGAAGAGGCGCCGCAAACAGGUUCGCCGUCAUGCCCCCGCCAACGCUGCAGCCCCUCGCGGUGUUGUUGGUGGGCAAGACGAGCCGAAGAAGAGGCCUGUUUGUAUCCGCUGCUCUCCCAUGAAAUUCAAAGAAAUUGUUCGAGCUCUUGGUGAUAAUCUCAAAUGUCAAGUUGUGGCAAAGCAUUUUGGGGGUCUGCUGCUGUUCAAGCCACAUGCACUUGAUAGGCAUUUGCUCAGCUGGCUUAUGCGGAAGCCCAAUCCAGAAACAAUGAAAUUAGAGAUUGGUGGCGGCAAAGAGAUAGCAAUCAUUGAGCACAGUGUAUGGUGUGUGUUCCAGAUCCCCAAUGCUGGAAGUGACCCACCUCAUAUGACCUGCCUGACACAUGCUACUGCGUCCCUCCUAUUGCGCCAUCGAAGCUACUUGUCGACGCCCAUGCCGAUAAGGCUUCUAUCAAUAAGGCUAGGAGGCGGGCUAGACCAAGGAGCGAAGAGCCAGCAGCAGCGGGCGCUCAAUCAGAUGAUGUCAGCACAUCAGACGAUGAUGAUCCAGAAACUAGCGACGGACGUGAUCGUCUCCGGGACAGUAGCCCGCUGGAACGUGAAGACCCAGAAGAUGAAAUUCUGGAAUCACUGCCAGAAGAUUCUUAUCACAGCUCUCUAG